GGCGUCGUGUCGUCGCGAGAGCAAGCACGGAAAUAGAUGCACCACAUGGCGGGGCUCUCUCUGCGGCUCUCUCCCUCUCGCUCUCCCUCUCUCAAUAUAUACGUCCGUUCGCUUUUACAUGUUCGUCCAACGCUGGAUCAUCUCUUCUGCGGCAUCAGUGUGUUAAUAUGAUGCGCGGCAGGCACUUCGUACUCGGCCAACGAGCACACACUCGUCGCGAUCGAAGCCCGUCCCGAUUCGAGCUUUCGCGCGUGAAAAUCGUCUGACCUGAGUUUCCCUCCGAAUCGCGUCGAAAUUUGUAUAUCGAAAAUCGAACAGAUGCACCUGACGAAUGUAGACUCGGGAAUAUUUGACGAGUGAGGCGAACUGAAACGAUAUUCCACGAACGAAAAAAAAAAUAUCGCGUCGAAGAAGCUGAGGUCGAGCUUCCACAAUAUGUGCGUACAAGAAUACACAUAUGAUGAGAAGACGAAAUGGGUGCGUGAGAGCGUCGCCUGCAAACAUUAUUAGCUGCUCGUUUUCAAGAGUUUGCCUUGUCGAAAGUGCUCGGAUGCAUUCGAUGCAUCCGAGGAAGAUGCAGUUUCGACGUGAGAGAAUGUUCGACGAGUGACAGUGAAAAGCGUGCAGUGAAAUUUUAGGCGCUGAUAGAAAACGAUGAUUUUUUAAUGUGUGUAUUUCAAAAUCGCAGUGCAAUUUAUUGUAAAAUUAUUGUCUCUCUGUUCGUCGAUGAAUCGACCUGUAGUAUUGAGUAUCUUCGAUUUUAAGCAACAAUUCUGUCGUGAAAACAUAAAUCCAAACAAAAUUGUAUGGAGAAAUGAAAAAAUGAUUAAGGAAUAAAAGAGAGAGAAAAGAACUGUAGAAGAAUAUUAAUCGUAUUAAUGAUAAUUUUAUGACAAUCGAUUAUGACCCGUCAAGUUUUCUCGAAAGCAAGAUUAAUGAGAAGAUAAUUGUGGAGAGAGCGACGAGAGAGUUAAAUGGAAAGAACGUCGCUGGGAUCUAAGGACACGGAGAUGAUAAAUGAUCAUCGGAGAUCAUCCAGCAAUCGGAAAAUUGUCGCGUCGACAGCUGACCGAAACCGAUAAACCUCGCGGACCGAUUAGAUAAAAAUAUGGCUGCUUGCCAUCCGACACCUGCAGUGCAACGCAUGCAGUUGCAGGACGCGACUCGGAUCGGUUACGGUGCAACUACUCCGAAUCAGAAGACCCUUCAGCAGUCGACCUAUCCGCCGCACUUGCUCAAUUGGGUCUAUCUGGCCAUCGCCGAGCAAAAUCCAUCGCAGCCAUCCGAUCAGAGCAAGCUACUCCCUACAAUCUGGAGCAAUUUUCCUGGCGCGUCGCAGACUUAUCUGCAUCAAGGCUCCCUGAAUCCGUCCGGAUCCAUCAGGCCAAUGAGAGACAGCGUGGCGGAAAGUAUUGCGGAUUUAGCUGAACACUUUACGGAUUUAAGCUUAAACGAUAGAAAACCGACCAAGAGGCCGCCGACGACGUAUCUGUGUCAUUUGUGCUUCAAGAAAGGUCAUUAUAUCAAGGACUGUCCGCAGGCGCGACCGAAGGGCGAGGGCUUGACCCCAUACCAGGGCAAGAAGCGAUGCUUCGGGGAAUACAAGUGUCCGAAAUGCAAACGCAAGUGGAUGUCGGGCAACAGCUGGGCCAAUAUGGGCCAAGAGUGCAUCAAGUGUCACAUAAACGUGUAUCCUCAUAAGCAGAGGCCGUUGGAAAAACCCGAUGGUCUGGACGUGUCCGAUCAAAGCAAGGUCCAUCCCCAGCAUCUUUGCGAGAAGUGUAAAACGUUGGGCUAUUAUUGCAGACGCAGCGCGAUAAUAGCUUAGCGACACCCGAAUUCCGUCCAAUUUAUUAAUAUCGCUUAAUCGCACUAACGAAGAGAGAAAGAAAACGUUCUAUGUUCUAUCGGGGAUGAACUGUUAACAAAAAAAAAAGACAAAUCUGAGAAAAUCUUCGUCAAGUUUGAUAUUGUAAUAUGUUGAACUGAUAUAUCGAGAUUAGAUACGAACGAACGAAUUUACAUAUAAUAUACAUAUUGCAUGAGAGAAAUUAAACAGAUAUAUUUUUAUGUACAAUUACAAUUAAAUGAGCUUUUUAUCGCAUGAUCUUUGGUGAGGAUCGCGAUUUGGAAAGACGCGACACUCUCUAUUCAUAUAUAUAUAUAUAUUCUUGCAAAAGAUAUAUGUAUAUAUAUUACUGAACAAUUAUCUACCCAAGUGUGCAUAAGAGUGGCAGCAACAUAAUUUUUUUUUCAAGAUUUGUCGAUAUUUGACAAUCAGCACACUGAGAAAUAUAUCGCACAAUAGGGAACCGCAAAUGAAAAACGAGAGCGUCGUUCUCAGGGAUUUACAAAUACUUUGAUCCUUUAAGAUUUUAAUAAUUGCUUGCAAGCAUAGUAUAAUGAUCGUAAACGGAAAGUUCACACGUCACAAUAAUUUCGAGUUACAUUAAUUAAACACAACGUCGUCAUCGAAAUAAUUCUGCUUAUUCAACGGACGUGUGAACAUCGAUGUAUAAAUCUCUUAUUAUUCAAUAUGUUAAUUAUUUGCAUAUGUACAUAGAUCUGGCUACGAUCGCAAGGAUGAAGAAACAUUUUAGUUGCGAAGUAUAAGAUACAAGCAAUUAAAAUCGAUAUUACAAUUUCGCUGUGGGAGUUCAGUUUUUCCCUGCAGUUUUAUUCGCUAAAAGACAAAAAACUGUAUUUAUCCGGAAACGCGAUGAUAUACAUGCAUAUACAUACAUACAUAUAUAGUCAUAUCAACGAUAUCCUGAAACUGAGCUCGCCGAAAUUGCAAAUCUUUCGAUUAUCGAAAUCACUGUCGAUUAAUUCUCUCUAAGAAUCAUUAAACAUGUAAAACACACCUGACUAUCCAUGCGGACAAGAAAGAAGAGAAUUAUUCUCUCACCUGCAAUUCUAAGUAGAAUUUGUAUUAUGCUUAAGUAGAAGUUGUAAGAAUAGAUAUCUGGUGAGAGAUAGUGAUGUGCGAUUCCGAAUCGAUUUUCAUGAAAAUCGAUUUUUUCGACGAGAAAAAUCUAUUUUUUGUAUCAAUUAUAGUGUCCAAUUUUUGUGAGAGAGAGAAUCGAUUUUUAUAAAGCUAGAUUCUACACUCGUGUAGAAAAUUGUGGAUCCGCAUAGGAUCUCGGCUCUCUUUAGAAUUAACUCGACCAGCUUAAAUUCCCGAAGGUCUGAUACGAUUCUUUAGGUAAAAAAGUACAGCCAAUCACGCAUUGAUUUUAAAAUGAAAUCGAUGUUAUUGGAAGAAAUUGUUCACUUUUCACAUUUUCAUUUUAGAAAAAGUGAUACAAUCGACCCCCAGUUUAGUUAAUUUCUUCACGUUUCGGCGUAUUUCUUCUUUUAUGCUAUAUAUAAUGUAAAAAAAUCGAUUGUCAUGAAAUCAAUUUUUGUACUUCGAUUUUUACAUGUGCGAUUCAAAAACGAUUUUUAUCGUACGAUCGCACAUCACUAGUGAGAGAGAUAUAUUAUUAUUCGGCCCGCAUCUUUUAAUGUAAAACACAGGCAACACAUGCAGAUAAAAAUGUCAAUGACGAGAAAAUUGGUCGGUCGUUUGUCCAGAUGAUUUUGGCCUAUGCAUUUGGCUAUUCACGAAAUGAGCUUCUUUUUACCCAGUGACGCAAAAAAAAAAAAGAAAAAAUAAUAAUUAAACGGAAGUACAUAUUGAGCGUUGGAAGUGAUGUCGAGAGCUACAUUAUGUGUUUUGUUUACCAUUAUUAUUGCUGAGAUUAUGCAUUAUAUAUACAAUACAUAAUGAUAAUCUUAACAAUAACCCAUGUAUAUACGUUAUAGUACAUAUAUUAUUUGUAUAUAAUGAGUGCCAAAUAUACAAACCAAAGAGAUACGACAACUCUA